GUUAAUUUUUGUUUUUCCUAAACAAAACAAUGUUAUUUUAUAUUAUAUUAAAUUAAUAAACGCCUCAUUAAUUAUAAUACAAACAAGCAGAAGAUAAACAAUAAACAUUAAAUUACUUACACACAUUCACUUAAUAUGCUCAUUCGUUUAAUUAUAACAGUGAAUCAAGAAUUGUGCUUUGCUAAAUCUAGUAUCUUAAUUACUGUAGAAAUAGUUUGUGCAAUUACCAAAUCAUCAACGCUUCCCGGGCCAAGAACACAAAUUGAGAAUAAUAAAUAUACUUGCCAAUUUUCUAAAUUUUAAGUCUAGCCGCUGUAAUGAUUUCGAAAAUAUCUGAGAAGCUAUUGCUGCUGGUUAUUUCUGUUUUAUUCUUUAAAUAUUCAAAUCCAAAUUCGGAGGACCUAAAAAAAGAACAAUAUUAUGUUAUUGACGUAAAAAACUGGUCGACGUGUGAUGAGUUCUUAGCGAACACAACUUUAAACAUCAGCCGUGUGAUUGACAUAGAUUGGAGAAUCUUCUAUUUCUGGAGCACCGUGUAUGAGCAGUCGUAUAACGUGAAGUUCAGUGUGCCUUCCACCCAGGUUUGUGGAUUCUUCUGGAGCAAACAGACGAUUUCAAAGAUUUAUUUCGUUUCUUCUUCAGAUUUCAAUGUGUUAUAAAUGCGCUUAAAAAAUAAGCUUAAUUAGGUAUUUGUCAAAGUACACAACGAAUCAAAAUCAAAAGACCUUUUCAGAGGCUAGUAAGUAACAUUUUAAUUGGAGGUUUGGUAAACUUUUUACGAUAGGUAAAUAUUAUUGAGAAUAUUAUUAGAUCGAAGAUCAAAUUAGAUAAACUAUAAAGUCGAGUAACCAAAAGCCGUAAACAAAAUUAGUUGACCCGUGCCCUCUACGGUUCCACACCAGUACGGGAUGGUACAGUCACUAUUGCCAUAUAAGAUUGUGCGAGUGAGGUUGUUGACCCGCCCUUUAUACGUCUUGUGUUGCGUGUUCAUGAAAUAAGUAAAUUAUUAAAACUAUGAGUAUUUACGGUUAGAUUAUACCUAUAAUAAAAUACAAUUUUUAUUUACGUUAAUGGUGUUAUCACUACAUAGUAUAAAAAAAGUCGCCUUCUCUGUCUUUAUAUCUGUCUGUCCCUAUGAAUGCUUAAAUCUUUAAAACUACGCAACGGAUUUUCAUGCGGUUUUUUUUAAUAGAUAGAAUGAUUGAAGAUGAAGGUUUAUGUGUAUAAUAGCAUUCAUUAAAUAGUGAAAAAAUAAAUAAUAAAUUACAGUUUCCGAAGCGAAGCGAGGGCGGGUCACUAGUUGUUACUAUUACGAUUUUGAAGGAGGUUAAAACCUACAAUUAUUGAAAACCUUACAUCUCGUCUGUUUUAGCUAAUAGAUCGCUUCAGAGUGGAAUUAGAUAAAGAGUUAAAUCCUCCCGUGAACUGGACCGAUGCUGAACUGUUCAUGGAAACAUCAAUAGAUUUUAGCGCACUGUUUAUGAGAACGAAGAUACCUGGACAAUACAAGGUUAUAUCAUCUGCGGCCUUUGAGUAUCACAACAUUCCCACUCUUCAUAUAGGAUUGAAGAUUGUUGAGCCUGGAUAUUUGGGGCUUGUCAAUUGCGAUCAUCGGCUAUGCUAUGCGAUGGCACCAGUCGACAAAAUUCCACAUCAGUUCCAGUUACAGGACGUUGCAUCGAGGCUAGGCUUCCGAGGAGAUUUAAAUCGUUCAUAUUUAGAUGUUCCGCCGUCUCCAGUCCAAAUACCACUGCCUGAAGAUGAGUUCCAAAACGAAGACGAUGACAUUUAUGAUGACGAAGAACACGAAAUCGACAGAGAUCCAAAUAAAAUAGUAGUUUUUUGAGUGUAAAUUUAUUGUUAUAUAUCGUGACAUAAUUUCGUUCAAUGACAUAAUUUACAAAGUUAUAUUUUCUCGUCAGAUUUAAUUUACAUACAUUUCAAUAAAAUAGUUUAGUACCUACUCAGUUUCUUUGCAGAUUCCUUUAUUUUAAGAGCCAUAAAUGUACUUGAUAUUGUUGUUAUUUUCUAAGGUACAAAAUAAAUGCUUGUUAUUUAAUCUG